GCUUAUAUAAACCUCACCUCCACUCAUUGUACCAGACCCACAAUCACAAUUCUUCUUCUGAUCAUCAUCAUCAACUCUUCCCCCAAAUCCCCAAAGACAUCAAACUCCAAACAUGGCAGCCUUUUCAUCAUCAUCAUUUCAGCCUUUCCUUCUAGACUCAUCACUCUUCCUCCCCACCCCCUCCCCCAACAUCACUAAGAUGCCUCAACUCCUUGAGGACCCAACCAACAUUCCAGCCCCUCAGUUCCUACACACCAAUGAGGCUUCUGCCAUCACAAACAAGAACAGUGUGGAUUCCUCUUCAAUCCUUACUCAUGAUGACAACACUACUCCUCACCAACUCUCUCACACCUUGCCCAAGAAGAGGAAAUGCAAGCACCCCUCCUCUCCAAAUUCUGCCCAAUCUAAGGAUAAAAGACAAGUGAAAGAAAAGAAGCAGAAGAAAGUGAAAGAUGAUGAUGAUGAUGAAGAAAAGAGCAAAUCCAAAGGUGAAAAGAAAGGAGGAGGGAGAGGAGAAGCUCCAACAGGCUACAUCCAUGUCAGGGCCAGGAGGGGUCAGGCAACAGAUAGCCACAGCCUUGCUGAGAGGGUGAGGCGGGAGAGGAUAAGUGAGAGACUGAAGCUGCUACAAGCCCUUGUUCCUGGUUGUGACAAGGUUACUGGAAAGGCCCUGAUGUUGGAUGAAAUUAUCAACUAUGUUCAAUCCCUCCAAAAUCAAGUUGAGUUUCUCUCUAUGAAGCUCGCUUCUUUGAAUCCCAUUUUUUACGACUUUGGCGUGGACUUACAGUCGAUUAUGGUCCGAUCUGAUCAGGAGUUGGGUAACUUGGCAUCACCAUUGCCAAGCAUGCAAGAAUGCAACCCCACAACAGGAAUCAUCAACAACUAUCCACCCCUGCAAAAUUCUGCUUCUAAUUCUAUCCUCUUCCAAGAAGCCCAAAUUCCCCAGGGAAGUAGAGAUGAGAGGUUGUGGGAAGUGGAGGAGCAUAGACAAAAAAUUAUGAACCAGUCAGCAUUCAGCAACAGCUUGUUUUCCUUCCAUUAAUAUAGAUUCGUUGUUGCAGCUUCUGCCCUACAAACAUCCAUCACCUGAGUGUAAGGAAUUGCAGGAAGCGAUGGGCAUAAAUUCCUAGUGCAGGCUGCUCGAGAUUCCAACUCCGAAUUUGAUGUGAUGAACACUAAUAAUGCCCAGUGAAUAUGGUGAAUAAAGGGCUCUCAUAUAUGAAUCAAAUUUCAGGUGGAUAUCGCGUGAUGGAAAUGCGACUUCAGAUCUACAGACCAAACAGAUCUUUAUUUGAUCCUUUGUUCCUCUCACGUUUGACUCACAAAUGUCGCAGAACAAAUUCCUCCACCCCCACCCGAAAAAAAAAA